AUGCCGCCUCCACAGCUCGUCUUCUCCUACCUGGAGCUGCGCGAGCUGCGGAGCUGCGCGCUCGUCUGCAAGCUCUGGCACCGCGUCCUGCACGGCGACGAGAACAGCGAGGUGUGGCGCAGCCUGGCCGCCCGCUGCCUGGCCGAGGAGGCGCUGCGCACCGACAUCCUCUGCAACGUGCCCACCUACAAGGGCAAGGUGCGAGCCUUCCACCACGCCUUCAGCACCAACGACUGCUCCCGCAACGUCUACAUCAAGAAGAACGGCUUCACGCUGCACCGCAACCCCAUCGCGCAGAGCACCGACGGCGCCCGCGCCAAGAUCGGCUUCAGCGAGGGCCGCCACGCCUGGGAGGUGUGGUGGGAAGGGCCCCUCGGCACCGUGGCCGUCAUCGGCAUCGCCACCAAGCGCGCCGCCAUGCAGUGCCAGGGCUACGUGGCGCUGCUGGGCAGCGACGACCAGAGCUGGGGCUGGAACUUGGUGGACAAUAACUUGCUGCACAACGGCGAGGUCAACGGCAGCUUCCCGCAGUGCAACAACGCGCCCAAGUACCAGAUAGGCGAGCGGAUUCGCGUGAUCCUGGACAUGGAAGACAAGACGUUAGCGUUCGAGAGGGGCUAUGAAUUCCUGGGAGUUGCCUUCAGAGGACUACCAAAAGUUUGCCUGUAUCCCGCGGUGUCGGCCGUGUAUGGUAACACAGAAGUGACUUUGGUCUACCUGGGAAAACCUCUGGAUGGAUGAUGCGGAUUGCACCGUUGGGACCUCAAGGUGUGGAUGUGGAGGAGAAAUCUGCUUGUGGGUUAGAGGGAAGAGAGAACUAAAGGGGGAAAAAAAGCAAAGUGUGGGUGUGCGUCCGAGAACCAUCAAGGAAACUAUACAGGAUUUCGCAAUGGAGGACCAGCCAUACUUCAGGAAUUGUGUUACAUUUCCUCUUUCUACCAGGCCAGACAUAUCCUCAGGGUUGCAGUUGGUUUAGUGGGAAGCUGACACAUGCAUGUUGCAACAGAUGUCAUUGCUAAGAUGGCAGCGCGCGACCUCAAAUAUUUAAGGAAGAAUUUGAUAUAAAACUGCUUGAGGAAUUUAACCUGAGAUGUGUAAGUAGCGUGUUUUGUGAAAGACUCCCAUUUUAAAACUGCUUGUUCCUUCCCUUCCCUCCUUUGGACCGGCCUAGGUACCAGAGGAGCAUAAGUCUGGUUGGGUUUUAUUUACAAUUUUUAAUACACUGAGAAGCAUGGUCUGUCUGGACUGCCCUUCUCUAGUAGAACGAUAUAAAACGUGUGCAGCUAUUUUUAAGUGUAUUUUAAAGGUUGUAUAUAUAUAUAAGACGUUGAAA